UCCUGUCGGAUGGCGCUGGUGUUUUUGAUAUUUAAAGCUUUUACAUUUACGUAAAGACAGUCACUAUUCACACAGAUUAGAGUAAUAAUUUAGUACUGGAGUGUGUUAACAGGCUGAUCUGAGUCUCAGUCCUGCAAAAGAUCAUAAUGAGAUUAUCUGAGUGUGUCCGUUAGCUAAAGGAUGACUGUGCUUUGACUCCAACUUUCCUAGCCUGUGCGCUAAUGCUAACUGCUCUCAUUACGUGUGUGUACAGCUAACACAGCAGCUCACUGUCUUCAACGUCACUUAAAGUUUCCCUAAACACUGCCGCGAUCUCGUACAGCAGGAAAAUAAUGAAGAUGUGUAGUGAGGAGCAGGAGGACGGGUGUGAAGCUCUAUCUCGCUAGCAUUAACCUUCAGCUGAACCUCUGCUGGCUCUCUGAGUGACUGACAACUGUCUUCAGUGAACAUGUCUGUGAAUGAGGACACAGAUCACCCUCGCUUCUUUGUGGGGCAUGAUGAUGGAGAGGGGGAUGAAUUGAUUGACCCUGGCAGAGUGCUUGGCUACGACUGCCUCUAUGAGAAUGUGGAAGAAGAAGAUGAAGAGGAAGAUGAUGAAGAAUAUGAUUCGCCCCCAGAGAGACAGAUAGUAGUGGGCAUCUGUGCUAUGUCUAAGAAGUCCAAGUCCAAACCUAUGAAGGAGAUUCUGGAGCGACUAUGUCUGUUCAAAUACAUCACUGUAGUGACAUUUGCGGAGGAAGUCAUUCUGAAUGAGCCAGUGGAAAAAUGGCCCCUCUGUGAUUGUCUCAUCUCGUUCCAUUCCAAAGGAUUCCCACUGGAUAAAGCCGUGGCUUAUGAAAAGCUGAGAAAUCCAUUUGUCAUCAACGAUCUGGAUCUGCAGUACUGUAUCCAGGACAGGAGAGAGGUGUAUCGGAUCCUGAAGGCCGAGGGCAUACUUCUCCCACGCUAUGCUGUUCUCAACAGACAUCCUGCCAAACCUGAAGAAUGUAAUCUGGUGGAGGGAGAGGACCAUGUGGAGGUGAAUGGAGAGAUUUUCCAGAAGCCUUUUGUUGAGAAGCCUGUGAGUGCUGAGGACCACAAUGUCUACAUCUACUACCCCACGUCUGCAGGAGGAGGCAGUCAGCGGCUCUUCCGCAAGAUCGGCAGCAGAAGUAGUGUCUAUUCUCCUGAAAGUAAUGUCAGAAAAGUGGGAUCCUACAUCUACGAGGAGUUCAUGCCUACGGACGGAACUGAUGUGAAGGUGUAUACUGUUGGCCCUGACUACGCUCAUGCAGAGGCCCGUAAAUCUCCUGCUCUGGAUGGGAAGGUGGAGCGAGACAGUGAGGGGAAAGAGGUACGUUAUCCGGUCAUCCUCAACGCCCGAGAGAAACUCAUCGCCUGGAAAGUCUGUUUGGCCUUUAAGCAAACGGUGUGUGGCUUUGACCUGCUCCGUGCUAAUGGCCAGUCAUACGUGUGUGAUGUGAACGGCUUCAGCUUUGUCAAGAACUCUAUGAAGUACUAUGACGAUUGUGCUAAGAUACUAGGAAAUAUCAUCAUGAGAGAAUUGGCACCACAAUUCCAGAUCCCAUGGUCUAUACCUUUAGAAGCAGAAGACAUUCCCAUAGUUCCCACAACCUGUGGAACCAUGAUGGAGUUGAGGUGUGUGAUUGCUGUGAUUAGACACGGUGACAGAACUCCCAAACAGAAGAUGAAAAUGGAAGUUCGACAUCAGAGAUUUUUUGAUCUCUUUGAAAAAUGUGAAGGUUACAAAAGUGGAAAGCUGAAACUGAAAAAACCAAAGCAACUUCAAGAAGUGUUGGACAUUGCUAGGCAGCUGUUGUUAGAGCUCGGACAAAAUAAUGAUUCAGAGAUCGAGGAGAGUAAAGCAAAGCUUGAACAACUGAAAACAGUCCUUGAAAUGUACGGUCACUUCUCUGGCAUUAAUCGCAAGGUGCAGUUAACAUAUCUGCCACAUGGUUGCCCUAAAACGUCCAGUGAAGAGGAAGAUGUACGGAGGGAUGACCCAUCUCUGUUGCUGGUUCUGAAAUGGGGUGGAGAAUUAACUCCAGCAGGCAGGGUACAGGCUGAGGAGCUCGGCCGAGCCUUUAGGUGCAUGUACCCCGGAGGACAAGGUGAUUAUGCAGGCUUUCCUGGCUGUGGUCUUCUGCGUCUGCACAGCACAUAUCGGCAUGACCUGAAGAUAUAUGCUUCUGAUGAAGGGCGUGUUCAGAUGACUGCUGCAGCGUUUGCCAAGGGUCUGUUGGCGUUAGAGGGCGAGUUAACGCCAAUCCUGGUCCAGAUGGUGAAGAGUGCCAACAUGAACGGCCUACUGGACAGUGACAGUGACUCAUUAAGCAGCUGCCAGCAGAAAGUGAAAACACGUUUGCAUGAGAUCCUGCAGAAGGACAGAGAGUUCUUUCCAGAUGAUUUCGAGAAGUUGGCUCCCACCUCCAGCACAUCUUUGGUGAAGUCCAUGCAGAUGAUUAAAAACCCAGUGAGGAUGUGUGAUAAAGUGUACUCCCUCAUUCAGAACCUCACAUGUCAGAUCAGACAGAGGAUGGAGAACCCCAAAUCAGCAGAUAUCCAGCUGUAUCACAGUGAAACUCUAGAGCUGAUGCUGCGCCGCUGGUCUAAGCUAGAGAAAGACUUCCAGAUGAAGAACGAACGCUAUAACAUCAGCAAGAUUCCUGAUAUUUAUGACUGCAUCAAAUAUGACGUACAGCACAACAGCUCAUUAAAGCUUGACAACACCAUGGAGAUAUACCGGCUGUCUAAAGCUCUGGCUGACAUAGUCAUUCCCCAGGAAUAUGGUAUUUCUCAAGCAGAAAAACUGGACAUUGCCAAAGGAUACUGUACACCUCUGAUUCGUAAGAUACGCUCUGAUCUGCAGAGAACACAAGACGAUGACACAGUUAAUAAACUACACCCAGUAUAUUCUAGGGGAGUGAUGUCACCAGAACGGCACGUGCGGACAAGACUUUACUUCACCAGUGAAAGUCACGUUCACUCCCUGCUGUCAAUCUUGCGUUAUGGAGCACUCUGUGAUGAGGCCAAAGAUGAGCAGUGGAAGAGAGCCAUGGACUACCUGAAGAUAGUCAGUGAGCUGAACUACAUGACACAGAUAGUCAUCAUGCUCUAUGAAGACCCUAAUAAGGAUCCUUCGUCAGAGGACCGCUUCCAUGUGGAGCUGCACUUCAGUCCAGGGGCUAAAGGCUGUGAGGAGGAUAAAAACCUGCCUUCGGGAUUUGGUUACAGACCAGCUUCCAGAGAGAAUGAAGGCUCCAAGAAGAAAUCCCAGAAUGACAGUGAUGAGGAGUCCAGCGGUCCUAAACGUGACGAGCCGGAUCGAGCCCUUAUGAUGUUCCCCCCCAUGGUGUCAGAUCCCAUCUUCAUCCACAGGAAGUCCCCUCUUCCCCGCUCUAAAAAGAUUGGGUCUGUGGAAUCCCCAUUGCAGAAAGACUUUAUCAAGACUGCUGCUGGCAAAGAAGAAAGCCCCCUGAGUGUGUCUAGCCCUGACUCUAUAGGUACCUGGAUACAUUACACCUGUGGUGUUGGUACUGGGCGUCGAAGACGCAGAUCAGGGGACCAAAUAACUUCCUCCCCAGUCUCCCCCAAAUCACUGGCUUUCACAUCCAGUAUUUUUGGCUCAUGGCAACAGGUCCUGUCAGAGAACAACAGUCAUGCCAGACUGAGCAGACUGCACACAGACCACAAGCACACCACAGGAAUAGGAUCUCAUUGUGCUGGCCUGUUUAGCACCAUGGUGCUGGGCGGUUCCUCCAGUGCACCUAACCUACAAGAUUACGCUCACGCACACCGUAAAAAGCUGACCUCCUCUGGCUUCUUAGAUGGUUUUGAGUUGUACUCCAUGGUUCCUUCAAUCUGCCCAUUGGAAACCCUCCAUAAUUCCCUGUCUCUCAAACAAGUGGAUGACUUCCUUGCCUCCAUAGCCAUAUCCCAUGAUGCAGUCCUGGACAUAUCUGCACCUUCCCCAGCUGUGACUACAAAGAAGGCUUCUUUAAACAUGUACACUCCAGCAAAGGUUUUGCCCUGCAAAUUCACCCAGUCUCUUGGCAAGAAGACGCCAACAUGCUCACCAGAGUGGAGCACAUCAGAUCAAGAUGGUUUUCCAGCUAGACAACCUAGAGCAGUUGAAGAGCAUGGUGCUAGUGAUGGAAAAACCUCACUUCUGAGCUCCGCGACAAAGCCGACCAACCCUGCUCCAAACAUCUGGAUCACUUCACCACCUCAAUCUCAUGACUGCUCCAUUAAAACCCAACAACAAUCCAGUGACCCAACAGAUUAUCAGAGCCUUGCUAUGGAUAAUGAAUGCAUUACAAAAUCAUGUCAGACCUUGUCACAUCACAGCCAUAUGCAGACCACCACACAGGAAACACAAAGUGGACUAAAUUCACAACACUCGCCCAACCAGAACACAAUUACAGACACGGCUAUCAAGCCAAGGACUUCUUAGGUACAGCACCACAGUCUAUGGUAAAAUAUCAUGGACAAUUAAUACAUAUAUAUACACCAACAAGGGAUUGCUUCAUAGAGCAAGUUACAUGCCAAAUUUAAUAGCUUUUACUGAUUCAGUCAUCUCAUUUCAUGAAUGGUCAAUGUGUAAACGUGGGACACCAAAAGAUAUCAUAUUAUAAAAACCUGUUCAUUCACCUGAAUGUUUCAGAAGAAUAUGUUACUUGUAUCUUGUAUAUUUAAAUGUCAAAAUGUAAAAAGUUUGCUGCAUAGAACUUGUCAUGAAUGCAUUGUUGCUGCAGCUAAUUUUAUUAUCUUUUGUUAAUUUAAUGAAUGAGGGUCUCAUCAAACAAGAUUCAACAUGAAAUGUAAUUGUUUAAAAUCAUCUCUUGUCAUACAUAUAUGUAAUUACAAUCAGAAUUAGCACUUCGGUUUCCUUGACUGUUAUUGUAAUUCUCGUAUCCCAGGUUUAUAUGCAGAGACAAUUGGUCCCCCAAAAAGUGUAUUACUCUGUUUUUUGAGCAUUCUGACCAGCAACACUGGCUCAACCAAUGUUUUUGCUGGGACCUUCUGUUUGUUCAACCUGAGGCAGAUGAGGGAGUGUCAUUAUUUUUGCAUUCCAUUUGGUGAUGCUGGUGGCUCAGAAAUCACCUCACCUAUAAAUGCUGAAUGAAGUUCCAACAAAUUGUAUUAGAAAAUAGAAUUUUAAGAGUAAUUGGUCAUUAAAUAGUCCUACAGUGGAUUAGAUUUUCUGGCUUCUUACCCUAAUCAUGUGACAUGGUAUGGAAUAGAGGUCAGCCGAUAUGGGUUUUUUAAUGGCCGAUACAAUGUCGAUGUGUCACAAUUGAAUAUAGAAAUUAAUGUAAACAUAAAAUUGCUAAAAAAUUAAUUAACUCUUACGUAGCACUUUAUUUACAAAAUUUCGCAAAAAACGUUAACUUUGUGAAACAUUAUCUUUAAAAAUAUAUAUUGUAUUUUAAAUUAUAGAUUUCCAUUCAGUCAAUUUUUGUAAUUUAUUUUUGCAUGAAGAAAUUGUAAAUAUAAUAGGAAGAAGGGAAUAACAGAAGUACAGCAGCCAUGGAUGGCAUAUGUUCAUUAGCGAUCACAUUUUCUCACAAAAGACCAAAUCAAACCAAUUGUGCAUAGAGUACGCAGUGAAUUUGACAUUUACUCAGUGCACAUGAAUCGCUUUUACUUUGAAGUUGAACUCACGUGCUCGUGCUCAUCUAGCGAGAACAGCAGCAAUCUACUGAGAGUUUAGACGGCAUAGAUCGCCUACUUCGAUUGUUAUGGACUGACAGUCAUGAUUUGUGAAUUAUUAGAGGAACUUUUCAGGAUCCUUAUCCAGAAGUUUUGAUUCUGGCUGAUGGAACUUGCACUUCAGAAGAUAUUAAAUGAGCACUCGACAAGAAAAGGCUGUAUUUUUGUGAAGUUCAUGAAUAACAUUUAACAUUUGUUUAAACAAGAUAUCCACAUAUUUGCAGACAGUAUAUGAUACGAGUUUUAUUGAUUUGCCUUUUUAUCAUUAGACAGGGAACUGCUGAGGAGAGGCUGAUCAAAUAUGCUUUAGAGAAAGAAAUGUGAGUGCUCUAUAGCAUGCUGUAUUUGCUCAUGUUUUGUGAGGUUUGGGUAUUACACCUGUUUAAAUAAGGUAUCCGCACACGACAUUCGCUUUAUUUAUAUUUGCCUUUUUAAUCAUUAGACAAGACAGUUAAGAGAAACAGGGAACUGUUGAGGAGAGAGGGAAAAUGAAACAGUCGAGCCCUUUAACAUUUUGAGCUCAAACGUGUCUAUCACGGUUCUGAUAUGCAGACCGUUUAAAUGAGACUGUGUUGCACACCGGCCUAUUGUUGUAGUACCUCGAUGGCACAUAACAACAAAACAAACUGUGAUUGGUAAUUUACAUCUCAGUUCACAUACAAGCAGGUGAUUCUCAGCGCCCUCAUGGCCUUAAGAAACAAAUCGGCCAAAUGGGAAAAUGUCAGAUAAUUAAUACAUUCCGAAUCGGCCUCUGCAAUAUAUCGGUCGACCACUAGUCUGGACAUUAGUGAUGUCUGGUUUGCAAAUCUGUCUAAUCAGUUUAUUCUUAAUGAUUUGAUUUUAUGGAAAUAUUUGUUUUGCAACAAUGUUGUGUUCUCAACUGGUUUUGCUUGAGCAACUAGAUUUUAUAUUGACCAUUAAGUAGCAACUCAACAUAGUAUGUUACAACAGGGCUUUAGGUAUUAUGAAAUGCCAAAUUUGAUUACCUUUUUUUUUGCCGCCAUUAGUGUGUGAGUGUGAAUGUGUGUGUGAAUGGGUAAUCACCCAUUUGGUGAUUGGGACACAGUGUAAAGCGCUUUGGUAACCUCUGAGGUUAAAAAAUAUAAGUGCAGACCAUUUACCAUUUUCUGAAGUGGUUAUUUUGAAUAAGCAUUAUUUCAUUUGUUACUGAAAAAAAGCAUCAUGCUGCCUCAAAGUAUAUGCAUAAGUUGACAGAUUUUGCCCUAUCUACACAACAUUCCUAUAACUCCAUAUUGUGGGCUUUUUACACCAAGUAUGGGAGCUUUGCCACCGUAUCUAAAAAAAUAUUUUAAAAGUGACCUUCUGUUAUUAUUUCUUUGAACACAAAUUAUAUUGCUCCAUCAAUAUUCAAUACAAAUAAAAAAAAUGUUUUGAUUGUUUUUGUUUUUUAGAUAAAUUAGUGACCAGAAAAAAAGUACAUUUUGCUUAAGUGGUGCCAUUAUUCCCUACCAAUAUUGUUUAGCAUACAGAAGUGAACAAACAGUCAAAUUGUAGUUUUCACAACAUAAAAAUUCUUAUUACUAACUUCCCCUAAUGUUUUCUUUUUAGCUCAACUUUUGUAAAUUACUGCUACUGACUGACUGUA